AUGGUUCAUGCUUUAGAAAAUUCUCAAGAUAUUAUCGGUAAAACGCUUUUGCCCGGUGAACCAGAAAAGGUUAUUGAGAGGGACAAUGUUAUUCUAUCCGUCCAAAAAAUGACUGGUGAUACACUUAACAAUUCAACGGGAUUUAAUAGAACAGGGAUUCGGAUGGAGUUGAAUCGUAACACGACAGAGGAGGCUGACGAAUCAGAGGAAUUAGAAGUUCAGACGGCAGUCUUCAACAAGAUACCGCAUUACCAUGGCACUGGGUCAACCCAAAUUACCUCAAAGGGCAUCAUGAUCGCUAUCAAACAGAGCGACGGCACCCGUAAAAAUGUCACUAUGGAUAUGCAAAUUUCAAAUGAAGGUGUCGCUUUUGCAAAAAGAUACCAGCCAAUUUAUCUAAAAGACGAUCCUGACCAAAUGUUGUAUUUUAUGUUUAACGUCAUGAGUGGAGACGAUGCUGUCCUAUUUUAUAUCCAACCGGACAAUUUCAACCCGUUUGAUUUCGCCUCUUACGGAUUGUAUGACGUGUUUGCUCGGAGCUUUGAAUAUCCUUCAACUUCAACAUUUGACUGGUCCUAUAGCAUGAAUAUAAGGGAUUGGGUAGAUGAUCAAAGCGGAUUUAAGAUAUUUAUUCCAGCGAGAGUACUAAAAGCGGGAAAAGGAUAUGUAGCUUUGAAACCAAUUCCAGCGCCACCGCUUCCAGAGAUCAGUAACAGGAUGAGAAGGAGACGGUCAGCAAACGUCAAUCAAACUUCAACCAAUCAGACUGCGGCUUCCAAUUCGUCUCAAAUAUUCGAACCUGCUGACGUCAACUUCACCAUGGUCAUCGUUACCACCGGCUGCCGCACUUGGAAUGAUGAAGGAGCGCUGUGGACAUCUAACGGCUGCGAGGUUCUACCGUUUUCUACAAUGAACGAGACGGUCUGUCGGUGUUCGGACGAGACAGGGAAUAUAUUUGCAACAACAUUUUUCGUUCCUCCGAAUACUAUUGACUUCAGUGGUGUAUGGUCGAAAUUUGAUCCUACAAAUGCAGCUGUCUAUGGAACGUUAUCUUGUCUCUUGGUUUGCUAUGUGUUGCUCUGUGUCUGCGCUCGUCGUUACGACAGGAAAGAUUUAUUAAAGUGGACGACACAUUUCUUGAGUGACACCGAUAGAUAUGAUUCCUAUUUUUAUGUCAUCAACGUCACAACGGGCCUACGAAGUCAGUCAGGUACCAAAUCAAAUGUGAGUUUUGUAGUGGCUGGGGAGAAUUCAGACUCCGGAGUAAGAAUCUUAAGCGACGGGAAAUCACAGGGCUUUGAACACGCUUGUACCAAACGUUUUAUCAUGGGAACAACAGAAAGUCUGGGUGAACUGAACUACAUCAGAGUGUGGCAUGACAAUUCGGGUUCUGGUGGCGAACGUUCUUGGUAUCUCAGCAAAAUCACAAUAGAUGACCCACAGACCCGUAAAAGAUAUGUAUUUCUUUGUGACAAAUGGUUGUCAUAUGAUCACGACGACGGGAUGAUUGAUAGAAUCCUGCCUGCUUGUGGACAAGAUAAUCUGAAGAAAUUUGAUGUUAUGUUCUACCAACGCGCAAAACAGGGCAUAACGGAAGACCACCUAUGGCUGUCAGCGUUGAUGAGACCGGAAAGAAGCAAUUUCACUCGAGUACAGAGGAUAUCCUGUGUAGUUAUGCUGUUGUUCCUUACUAUGAUAACGAAUGCCAUGUUUUUCUCGCCAAACGAAAGCGACCAGACCGGAUCAGUGUCCAUUGGAAACCUUACGUUUUCACUGAAGAGCGUUUACGUAUCUAUCGUAGGAACUCUCAUCACAACAGUUCCAGUUGUGCUUGUUGCAUUGUUGUUUUCUAACUCCAAAACGAGGCCACGGAAACCAAACAAAUACAAGACAAGAGAUGAAUAUUCUGAUGACAUGUUCUAUACGGAUGACAAUUUACCAUUGCCAUCAUUCGUGCGUUACAUUGCUUGGAUUAUAGUUUUUCUGGCUAUCAUUGCGUCGUCCUUCUUCCUGCUACUUUACAGUAUGGAAUGGGGGAAAACGGCAUCAGAAGCGUGGUUGGUCUCUUUCGUUUUCUCGUUCCUUGAAUCAUUUUUGUUCGUCGAUCCUCUAAAGGUUGUGUUUAUUGCUGCAGUAUUUGCAUUUAUAUGCAGACGACCAAUGGACUGUCAAUCAUCUAACGUCAAUCUCGAAGAAAUAAAGAGAGUCUCAAAAACGUUCACCGGAAGUUCAAUGAGAACAUACUUAUGCUUCCGAGAGGAUAUACUGAGUGAGAAAGAUGAGUCCAAAGAUAAUGAAAUGGCUAAAGCAAGGGACCAAUGUCUGAAGGAGCAGCGAGCUGUGAAGGUUUUCAUAGAACUUCUCUUCUAUGUUGUCUUCGCCUUCAUCAUUUACAGCAUUAGCUAUGUAAAUCGAGACCAAAGAUCGUUCGCACUGAAGGAUAACAUAUAUCGCAGUCUCAACGAUUCGUAUGGCCAAUACGGUUAUGGUAAAAUAAGCGAUGCCAGCGGAUACAUGAAAUGGCUGAAUGAGACAUUUUAUGAGAAAUAUUUUCCCGAAAAUGACUACAACGGUGAACCACUCGAUGUGAGGGACCGCUUAUUCUUCUCUGGUUUAGACAAUGUUAAGAUUGGUCCUCCACGAUUGAGACAAGUCAGGAUGAAAAGAGGAAAAUGUCCUUAUUCGAGACUUAUUGAGAAUCGAGACUGUAUUCCCGGCUACAACAUUUACGAGGAAGACGAACAAUCGUAUUGUAUUGGGUGGAAUGAUGGCUCGUCGGCGAUUUGCAAUAGUCCGAAUUUCUACUCCAUGGAUGCGUGGCGUUACCAACGGUCCGAGGAAAUUUGGGGCACACCUAUAAAAGGCGAAUACGAGACAUAUGGUGGAGGAGGAUACAUCCUCAAGCUUGAGAAUGGGCUACAAAACUCCAGAUAUAUAGCAGAGGAACUCGUAAAAUACCACUGGAUAAACAGAGCAACAAGAGCGAUUUUCCUGGAAUUCACUCUAUACAAUGCAAACACUAAUCUAUUUUUGUAUCUGAUAUUCUUGACGGAGUUUACUGAAAAUGGCGGCCUUCUGACAUGGGUGGAUGUCUAUCCCUUCCGGCCGUACCAACAUACUGGGGCCCUUGGAGCGUAUGCAAUGCUUUGCUACUUCGUAUACCUUAUUGUCUUAAUCUAUGGAACAGUGAAAUUAAUCAGGAAAAUAACGAAAGAACGACUACGAUUUUUCUUGGAUUUGUGGAACAUUACCGACUUUUCUUGCGUGGUACUGAGUUACAUUGGUGUGGUUUUGUGGUGUCUUCGUUAUAUCUAUGCCUCUCAAUCCAUGGCAAUUUACUAUGAUGACAUAGAUGCAUUCAUCAACUUUCAGCACGUUGUAGUAUGGGACGUGUCUUUCAAUGUAAUAAUUGGCAUCAUCGUUUUCGUUGCUACGAUACGGCUUUUAAGGAUGAUGGGAUACAACAAACGGAUGACGCAGCUUGCAAGUGUUAUAUCACACGCUUCAUCCGAAUUAAGUGGUUUCGCUCUGAUUUUUGGAAUUGGAUUUUUUGCAUGGGUGAUUCUUGGCUAUUUUUUGUUCGGAUCCACUAUGCACGAAUACAGAAGUUUAUUUUCGACGUGGGGCAGCCUAAGUAAUUCAUUGAUAGGGAAAAACAAACUUGAUGCUAUGACACGGGCUGCUCCAAACUUUGCCAAUUUUUACUUCUUCACAUAUGUGGUGUUUGUCAUGCUCAUUCUCAUGACUAUGUUUGCUGCGAUCCUCAAUCAGAGUAUUUCAACUGUGAAGGCAGACAUACACAAACAGCCUGAUACGUUCGGCAUUCUGGACAUAUUUAAUAAGUACAUCAAUGGACUUCGGAGCUUUAUUUUCAGGAAUAGAAAUGACAAUGUGAGACAUCACGAAAGAAGACGCAUUUACAACCCUGGCAGCGGACAACCUCGUCCAAAAAUGGACACGACCAAUAUUAUGAGAACCGUGCGAGAUAUCUUCGGCUAUACAUGGGAUGACGAGGAAUGCGACGAACCUGUACAAUCGUUUGAUGACAUAUGCCUAGAUGUCAUGCCACAAUACGAUGACUCUAACAUGAUUGGUUCACAUGGGUUCAAUAUGUAUUGUCAUGAGGAGAAAACCAGUCAAACGGACGAAUAUAUCGAUGCGCUCUUAUUUUGUAAGGCACCAUUAGAGAGGUCAAAUACACUUCCUCUUCCAGGAAAGAAAAAGGAUCCCUUACAUUUAUCAUUUUUGUAA